AUGUCGUCGUCUUCCGAUCCAGAUUCUAUGCAAAAAGUCAUCAUAAGCCUCCUUCGGGCAAACUAUAUCUCGAACUACUGUGAACUUGCCGUUGCCAGCAUAAUAUUUUAUGACUACGCCAUUACGCUGGGCCAGGAGAUACAGCUCAUCUGGGGACGCAAGCCGACCAGCGCUAUCAUCAUCUUCUUCCUCAACCGUUAUGUUGUCUUUGCCUUUGGCAUCGUUGCAAUUCUCGGCACGUUUGCUUGGUCUACAGACGCCGGGUGCGCGUGUGCGGCUGUUAUAUAUCUUUACGAUAUUACCUCUCUCGCGUUGUAUGGUAUCAUUCCUCUAUUCUCAUCUUUGCGGGUGUAUGCCGUGAGCGACGGCAAUUGGCUUUUAGCCAUGCUUACCCUCAUGUUGGGCCUCGUGCCCCUAGCCACCAACAUGUUCAGCGCAAUCAGAACAUCCCGUCCGUUCGUCGAGUUCGUGGGAGAUUUACCUGUAUGCACGUUCACGCAGUUUUAUUCGAAUUCAACCCACUACAAACGUGUCCGCGUCUGUGGCAAUCUAGACAUCGAGUUCACGGUCGCCACGCGCACAUGUGCGAUUGCCUCUGAUGCUAUCGUGCUUCUCGUCACCUGGUGGAAAACAUAUUCCAUCAAAAAGGAUGCAGAUCGUGCACACUUAAAAUCGUCCGUUGCAACUCUCCUUUUACGAGAUGGCACAAUCUACUUUCUCGCACUCCUGACGCUAAAUAUAAUCCAGAUGCUGACCGCGGUCGUCUUCAUGCACAGCAAUGUUGUCUACGUUUCUAUAUUUCUAAUCCCUCUCCCUGCAGUUCUCACUUCGCGCUUUCUACUCGAUCUGCGCCAAGUUCAUGAUGCCGGCUCGCCCGCACCCGCCAGUGAAUCAUCCGCAUCACUAGAGGAAUAUCCCGACUUCACACUCACAUCCGGGAUUCACACGACCGCCGGCGCUGGUGAGAGGGCCCACGUGGAUAUAGCUACAGCAGCGGGCUCAUCGCAGCCGGCGGCGCUCCUGACGUAUGGGAGGAUGAAUGCAUUCAUGGAUAUGGGCGCACCUGUGUAUGGUGGGACGUUUAUUACUGCGACGAUAGCGGCGUCGACUGGGAGCGAUCAGAGCGCGGACAAUGUGGUAGAAAGUUCACGGGAGGACGUGGAGGAUAAAUCCAACUAA